AUGAGGGAUUGUUACUCAAAACCAAACAUUAUUCCUGUAUUCCGUGGAGCGACUAAAUCGCUCUUGGGACAGACCAUCAGUGCUGGAGAUUUUCAUGGCAAGGAUGGACUCGGGGACGCCCCGCACCCUGACGCCCCUGGUUUGGAUCUUGUGCAGAAGGAGGGCGCCGUGUCAGCCAUGAUCCGAAUAGUCAAUGAGAAUCCUGGAGAGGUGUCUUUAGUGGCCACGGCUCCGCUGACAAAUGUGGCUUUGGCAGUGAAACUUGACCCCACAUUUCCCCAAAAACUCAAAGGCCUUUACCUUAUGGGUGGCAAUACAGACUCUCGUGGGAACAUCACUGUGUGUGGAGAGUACAACUUUGCAGCUGAUCCUGAAGCAGCAUAUAUUGUUCUGAAUGAAUUCAUUUGCCCAGUUUACAUUGCAUCCUGGGAGUUCACCUGUCGCAGUGAAUUACCCUGGGCGUUCUGUGAUGGUUGGCUGGCUCAGGACACAGAUAAGGCUCGAUUUAUGAAGCAGAUCUUUAAGCAAAUCAUGGAGUCCAGCAGCAGCAAUAAGACGCAGGGAUUCAUCUCCUGUGAUUCUUAUGCCAUGGCAGCAGCCAUAGACGAAACAUAUAUCAUUGAAACUGACCACAAAGCCGUCACCGUAGAGCUGGCGGGGAACUUCUGCCGGGGAAUGAUGGUUGUAGAUCACCUCGAGAUCCUGAAGAAGACGCACAAAGCCCACAUCUUGAAGAAGGUGGACUUGGAGAAGUUUAAAACGCUCAUGAUGAAUGCUUUGAAGUAAAUGAUCAUUAGCAGCCAUGUCUGUAACUAUCUUGCUGUAUUUUACAAACAUCUUUGUGGGAAAUUAUUUGCUACUGGCUACUUUAUCAGCUUCACUUUUUUACUAAAACCAUUCACACAGAAAUGCUAGUCACCUGUUGAGUAAGAUAUUACAUUACUGUUACAUUUUAUUAAAUAAACUACUAACAUUUUCAA